UGAUGUUUUAUUACUGUGUGAGUGCAUGUGUAUGAGAUUUGAGUGACAGCUUGGUCUUUUUUUGUGAUGUGGGGGGUGAACGGUGACAUUGUCCCCCCUCGCUGUCACGUGCUGUGGAAUAUGCUGGCUGCCUUUGUCAUCCUGUGACUCGUUCUGCUUUUCUGGCAGUUUCAUACAAUGGUGCACUAUGAUGUUAUCAAGCCCCUCACAGUACGACUGCUGGAAUUCAGGCCUGCAUGGAAGCAUCCUUACCUGGGACACAUGGAUAGCACAACCUUGAGACACAGCAAGCGCUCAUAGCAAGGAGGACUCUAGGAGUCAAAUAUCAGGAUGUCUCUCAGAACAGAGGGGGCCCAGUGUGGUGCUGUUGCUCUGGAGUUUGACCAUGAUCAUGACAGAGAUUCACCUGUGAUCAAAGCCAGGAAUAUACCACGAUCAGCCCUCAUCUACCUCAAGGGUCCUAAGUUCCUCAUCUAUGUGAGCGGAGCAUUAUCUAUGUGGGGUGAUCGCAUGUGGCAUUUUGCCAUCUCCGUCUUCCUGAUCGAGCUGUAUGGCCAUAACCUGCUGUUAACUGGGAUCUUUGGACUGGUGGUGGCCGGAUCAGUGCUCUUACUAGGGGCUUUGAUUGGAGACUGGGUUGACCGCAACCCAAGAAACAAAGUGGCCCACGCAUCCCUGUUCAUUCAGAAUAUCUCAGUGACCGUCUGCAGCAUUGUACUCAUGUUGGUGUUCUCAUACAAAAAAUGGAUUGAGGAAAUCUGGGAUGGGUGGCUAACUGUGGUUUGUUAUACGGUGGUGAUCGUCCUGGCAGAUGUGGCGAACCUCGCCAGCACAGCUCUCACCAUUGCCAUCCAGAGGGAUUGGAUAGUGGUGAUCACAGGUUACAACCGUGGUCACCUCGCAGGAAUGAAUGCAACAAUGAGGCGGAUCGAUCAGGUGACCAACAUCCUGGCUCCUCUGGCGGUGGGUCAGGUGAUGACCCUGGCCUCGAAUGUAGUUGGUUGUGGCUUCAUCUUAGGAUGGAAUCUGGUGUCCCUCAUUGUGGAGUUCGUCUUCCUCUCCAGAGUCUACCGUAUCGUACCGGCUCUGUCCGUCAAACCACCAGCAUUGGAACAGCAAAGCUAUUUAGAGAAGAAAAGAGAAAGAAAAUGUGCACAAGGCUGGACCUCAGCAAGUACCACUGGAGCCCCCUCAGAGGAGAGCACCAGCACCCUGCGUUUAGAAGAAAUCAGCCGAAUCCCAGUGUGCCUCCAUCGGCUGCGGGGACUCCUCAGCACCUGUCGGGAAGGGUGGAGGGCAUAUUACAGACAGCCUGUUUUCCUCGCCGGCCUGGGCUUGGCCUUCCUCUACACCACAGUGCUGGGCUUCGACUGCAUCACCACAGGCUACGCGUACACCCAGGGCGUCAGCGGCUCGCUGCUCAGCAUUCUGAUGGGUGUGUCGGCAGUGGCGGGGCUUCUGGGUACUGUCCUAUUCACCAAGCUGCGGAAAACAUGUGGCCUGGUCAACACUGGGGUCAUUUCUAGCGGCCUGCACCUAGUUUGCCUGUUGCUUUGUGUGUGCUCCGUGUUUGCCCCCGGUAGCCCCAUGGACCUCAGCAUACUAAAUUUGGGGAAUGCGUCGAACGUGGGAGGAAUGACCGGAGGUCACCAGAGGCACGGAUACCCACUGCGUGGAGGACGCAACCAGCCUCUGCUGCCGGACCGUUCCUCUAUUCACUGGACCAAUAACACUCUGUUGUUUGAGAACGCCCCAGCAGGGACAGAACCUGAGUCUUACAUCUCCAUCAUCCUGCUGUUCCUUGGAGUCAUUACAGCUCGAGUCGGUCUCUGGUCCUUCGACCUGACAGUGACUCAGCUCUUGCAGGAGACCAUAAGUGAAUCAGAGCGUGGGGUGGUGAAUGGAGUCCAGAGUUCUAUGAACUACCUGAUGGACCUGCUGCACUUCCUCAUGGUCAUCUCUGCACCCCAGCCACAACACUUCGGCAUCCUUGUCAUCAUCUCCGUCCUGUUCAUUUUCACGGGACACACCAUGUACUUCCUGUACGCCAGGAAAGCCAAAAGGAAACCACGUACAAACACAUAAGCAACACAAAUUUCUCUCUUGCUCACCAGUUUGUGAAUGUUUCUAUAUUCCUGCGCUGUGACGUGUGUUAAGUUGCACUUACACAAAACUCACUAUAUCCAUUGUAUAUUGAAAAAAGCUGUCGCCGUGAGCUCUUGAAACUGGAAAGGGUUUGGCAGCAGCGCAGUACUCAGGUGAACAUAAUCAGGAACCAGCGCCUCCUGUUGACAGUCAAAAGAAAUAGCAUCAUAGUUAGAGAGCCAAGGUCUCCUGAAAGUUAAUAAGUGUCUUAAAACGCACAUAAUUACAACAAGAACAUAGCUGACACAACAUGUUUUCAUGGAUUAUUAGCUAAGCAAACCCUUUUUUGUAAAUCUUCUCACAUUUGGCAGCUAACCAGAAACAGCACGCUGCCACUUGUUUUUUAUAAAACGCCAGUAAAAUGUAUUUUUCCCCCCAAGA